CGCCGACGCAGCCCCGCACCGGGAGGGGGCAGGGCCGCCGGGACCGCAAGCGCCGCCGCGCUCCGGAGAACAUGGCGGCGGCGGGCCUUGCUCAGAUUCCUGAUGUGGACAUCGACUCCGACGGCGUCUUCAAGUAUGUGCUGAUUCGAGUCCACUCGGCGCCAACCUCCGGGGCCACGGCCGGGGAGAGCAAGGAGAUCGUGCGCGGCUACAAGUGGGCGGAGUACCACGCGGACAUAUACGACAAGGUGUCGGGCGAGAUGCAGAAGAAGGGCUAUGCCUGUGAGUGCCUGGGUGGCGGGCGCAUCUCCCACCAGAGCCAAGACAGAAAGAUCCACGUGUACGGCUAUUCCAUGGGUUACGGUCGUGCCCAGCACUCUGUCUCCACUGAGAAGAUCAAGGUCAAGUACCCCAACUACGAGGUCACCUGGGCCGAUGACGGCUACUGAGGCCUGGCCUGCCACCCUUGCUGGGAUCCCUCCUGAGGGGCUGGCCAGCAUUUCCCUUGUGCACCCAGCAAUGUGCCACCGCCAACCUCAGGCAGCCUGGCCCGUAGGAAUUAAAAGUCUCACCACA